AAAUGUAAGUGACCCUGUACAAGAUGUAGUUUGUAAGGUUCAUUGUGAAUAUGUAGAAAAUAAGUUAGAGUGGACAGAACCAAAAUUGACAUGCAGAUCAUAUCCUUUCACAGGAAAUGCAGGCUUAAAAACUGUUGGCCAAUUUAAUUUAAAUGAUCCAUUUGAAAUUUAUAAACAGUUCCUAGAUGAUACAUUAUUGAAUUUGAUUGUUUUGGAAACUAACAGGUAUGCACAUCAGUACCUUGCUUCAAAGCCUGUAAAAAAGCGUUCAGCAAUGGCUAGAUGGGUUGAUUGUACAACUGAAGAGAUACACAAAUUUUUUGGUGUACUGAUGAUCAUGGGCAUAUGCCCAUUGCCUCAAAGACAAAUGUACUGGUCAAACAAUCCCAUGUACCAAAAUAGUGUCAUCAAGAAAACUAUGAGCAGAGACAGAUUUGACUGUCUCCUAAAAUGCCUACAUUUCCAAAAUAAUGAGGAACCAGCAACUGAAGAGCCUCGGUUGUGGAAAAUAAAGAAACUGCUCAAUCAUUUAAAUGCAAAAUUUGAAAGUCUGGUAACACCUGAAGAGUCACUAGUUAUUGACGAGUCUAUGGUUCCAUGGAGAGGGCGUUUGAUUUUUAAACAAUAUUUGCCAAAAAAGGCUCAUAAAUAUGGAGUCAAAAUUUACAAGAUUUGUACCACUGAUGGGUAUACUUUAAAAGCAAAAAUUUACGCUGGUAAGUCAGACGUAACUGCAAGAGAGGCACAUGCAGAUAAAAUUGUCAUGCAUUUGAUGGAAUCAUUUCUAAAUGAGGGUAGAACACUGUUUGCAGAUAACUUUUACAACUCCACAAGGUUGGCCAACACUCUGCUUGAGAAGAAAACUUAUGUUUGUGGCACCCUUCGAAGUGACCGAAAAGGCAAUCCAAAAGAAGUCACUAGCAAAAAAUUAGCCAAAGGUGAAGUAAUUUGUCAAGAAAGCAGUACAGGAGUAAAAGUACUUAAAUGGCAUGACAAAAGGCCUGUACUGAUGAUAACCACUCGCCCUGAAGACGUUUCUACUCUUGUGGCAAGCAAAAAAACAACAAAGAAAGGCGAGGUUGUCAUGAAACCAUCAUGUGUCAUGGCGUACAAUGCAGCAAAAAAAGGAGUGGACUUUUCAGAUCAGAUGUCCUCUUAUUACACUCCUAUCAGAAAGACUCUCAUUUGGUACAAAAAAGUUGCACUGGAUCUUCUCCUAGGUACUUGUGUAGUGAAUGCACUAGUACUACAUAACAAGUACUCAUUAAACCAAAAAAAUUGUUGUAUGCUCACUUUCAGAGAAAAAAUACUUCGAAAUCUCCUUGAAGGAGAAAAUGUUGGAGCCCUUGUUCAAACACCCCAAGAUGGCAGGCAAGGUACCAAGAAACUAAAACAUGUGCUCUCAAAGCGUGAAGGGACUGCAAGAGAAACCAGAAAACGGUGUGUCAGCUGCUACAGCAAAAUGAAGGAAGAAAGGGGGGCCAAAGCAGCAAGGACGUACGCAAAACGUGUUUCAACUUACUGCAAAGGGUGCGAUGAGACUCCUACAAUGUGCUUAGAGUGUUUUAACUCCAAGCACUAAACUGAACACCAUUUGUAAUAGGA